GUCGCACAACCCUUGGUCUAUCAUUUGCUCGACAUGGCGACGGGCUCACCCAAUGUUUGGACACAAAUGAAUUAUGUCCCUCCGCGCGGCCAAUGUAAUCACAAACCAUCUUUACUUGCAGCAAGAUGUCCUUGUUUGCGCUUCAUGUUGCACCCGCUCAAGUCAUCAUCCUCAUAUGAAUGCGACGGGUGUGGACAUCAUGCAUCAUUCCACAGUAUGGAAAACAAAACAGAAGACGAGAUCCGCAAGCGUUGGGAAACCGAAGCCAAGGAAAGGACUCAGCAAAACGACGAGUCACAGCAGCGACCGAAGAAGCGCGUGCGUGCCAUUGAAUAUAACAGGGAGGACGAUGAGGAGGACAUAAACCGGGCCAUCACUGAGCUGUUGCAGGGGGCAAAAUCAAGGCCCAAGGCCAGUGCCGUUCCGAAAAAGAAGCCUGGAAGGGUUGCCGGGACCAAGGCAAAACAGAAGCUAAGUGAGAUUUUGGACGACAGUACGGUCGUGGAGCUGGAUUGAAGUGUUUUGGAGGGUCUUGAAAGGGCACGAGCAUUGGGACGGCGUUUUGGUUACGGUCUUGACGUUGCGAUUUGAUACCCACACC